UGGGAACACAGGAGGGCUUUUUUUCUGGCAUGGAAACAUGCGCUCUGCAACUGAUAAUACCACAAGUUCUUGUUGCAUACAUUGGCCUCAGCAGGGUUUGAAAGCAUCGACAUUUGGUACAUUCCUGUAAGAACUUCCAGGAAGGUUCAAGCCCCGCAAAAGCCUCACUUUUAAAGCCAUGGAAGAAUAUUUCUCAGCCGUCUGCAGGAUGGAGCAAACGAUCAUGUUCCCCAGUCUCCUCCGGGGAAUAUACUUGGAGAAGACGGACGACCCCACGGAGGCCGACUCCGGUGAUAAAGAUCUGUAUGAAUAUUUCAUGCAGUUGAAAUCCAUCAAGAGGAUGGUAGAAGGCGGGCUGGCCCCUGUGGAGGGCCCGGAUCCCAGCACUGCGCCCCGGCUGAGAGAACAGGAGGACCAAGAAGUGGCCGACCUGGAAAGAUUCUUUCAUUACCACGUCUCCAACUUGUACCGCGUCCUCACCCAGCUGACCAGGAGAGCCGAUGCCGUGACCACAAAGUACAAUGAACUUAUGGGGCAGAUUUACCAGAACUGAAAGAUUCUCAGCCGGUGGAAACACACGCUGUGAAGAGCAAGGUCAUUUCAAUUUUUGUCUGGAGGCUGCGUGGAGACAACUCCCACCCCCGUGGCUCUAUCGCCCUCUAGAGGACAGCCAACCAGUAUGCUGCAAUAGCAGGAAGACUAGACUUCUGCAAGCAACAAUAUUUUAAGUGAAUUUUAUUAUUUAUAUCUCUGACCCAAAGUGGUCUGCGCCUGCUCCACUAAUCGCAUUGCAAAUGCUUUCCAAUAUUUGCAAACCCCAUGCAAAUGACCGUUUUAUAUUAUUCCGAGCAUGGCUGCUCUCUGUCAAUAAGGCGCUGUGAGCAAAAUGAAUUAUGAAUGUACCGUUCCGGUUUUGCUUUAGUCCCUUCUACCUGCAGAGAAGGCAAUCAUUAAUAGGGGUGUCAAAUUCAUUUGUUAGGAAGGCUGAAUUUGACAUAAAUGUGACUUUGUGGGGCCUGGCCGUGUGUGUCAUAAAAUGUAAUAUCAGGUAGCAGAGAUAUAAACUUUAUAAAGGCCACAGACAAACACAAUUAAAGAUUUUAUUUAAAAACUUAAAAUAAAACAUGCUUAAAACAUUA